UAUCAAACACAACACAACACAGGUUUAUCAAAAAAAAUAUCGUUGUUAAAUAUAGGUGUGCAAGAAUUAUUAGCACUCUUUUAGUCAAUACUUUGUGCUACCUCCUUUUGCCAAGAUAACAGCUCUGAGUCUUCUCCUAUAAUGCCUGAUGAGGUUGGAGAAUACAUGGCGAGGGAUCUGAGAUCAUUCCUCCAUACAGAAUCUCUCCAGAUCCUUCAGAUAUCAAGGUCCACAGUGGUGGACUCUCCUCUUCAGUUCACCCUACAGAUUUUCUAUGGGUUUCAAGUCAGGGGACUGGGAUGGACAUGACAGGACCUUGAUUUUGUGGUCAGUAAACCAUUUUUGUGUUGAUUUUGAUGUAUGUUUUGGAUCAUUGUCCUGCUGGAAGAUCCAACCACGGCCCAUUUGAAGCUUUCUGGCAGAGGCAGUCAGGUUUCCAUUGAAUAUCUGUUGAUAUUUGAUAGAGUCCAUGAUGCCAUGUAUCCUAACAAAAUGUCCAGGCCCUCUCGCAGAAAAACAGCCCCAAAACAUUAAAGAUCCACCACCAUAUUUAACCGUAGGCAUGAGGUACUUUUCCAUAUGGCUACCUCUCUGUGUGCACCAAAACCACCUCUGGUGUUUAUUGACAAAAAGCUCUAUUUUGGUUUUAUCUGACCAUAGAACCCGAUCCCAUCUGAAGUUCCAGUAGUGUCUGGCAAACUGAAGAUGCUUGAGUUUGUUUUUGGAUGAGAGUAGAGGCUUUAUUCUUGAAACCCUUCCAAACAGCUUGUGGUGAUGUAGGUGACUUCGGAUUGUAGUUUUGGAGACUUUCUGACCCCAAGACACAACUAACUUCUGCAAUUCUCCAGCUGUGAUCCUUGAAGAUUUUUUGGACACUUGAACCAUCCUCUUCACAGUGCGUUGAGACAAUAUAGACACACGUUCAGUUCCAGGUUGAUUCAUAACAUUUCCAGUUGACUGGAACUUCAUAAUUAUUGCCCUGAUGGAGGAAAUGGGCAUUUUCAAUGCUUGUGCUAUUUUCUUAUAGCCACUUCCCAUUUUGUGAAGCUCAACAACCUUUUGCCGCACAUCACAGCUAUAUUCCUUCGUCUUACCCAUCGUUAUGAGUGACUUAGGGAAUUUGGCCUAUGUGUUACCUCAUACUUAUACCCCUGUGAAACAGGAAGUCAUGGUUGAACAAUUUUCUGUUCAUAGUCACCUAGGUGUACUAAAAAAAAUUCAAAUACCAAUGGGACUAUACUUCAAAUAUAUUUUUCUCAUAUGAAUUCAUAGUGGUGUCAAUAAUUGUCACGCACACCUAUAUUUAAAAAAUAUAUUUUUUAAUAAACCUGUGUUGAGUUUGCAAUUGUUUGAUAUCCAUGAGAGCAGAGUAUUUUUGUGAUUUUUUUUCAACAAAAUAUCAAAAGGUCGAACAAUAAAGACAAUUUUUCACAGCCUUCUUUGCUCAUAUUUACCAUAUUAUGUAAUGGUGUGCCAUUCGUCAUCUGGAGUUAAACCAAAUGUGUCAAUCACAGAAAAUUACAUCUUCACAUGUUAGUCAGACCUUCAUGUUCAGCACUGCAGUCAGGUUUCAUCCUUAGUCAGAUUCUUCAUCGUGCACUUCUUUGUUCUUGUGUUCAGUUGUUGCAUACAGUUGCUUUGCUUGUACACUGUGGUUGUGUGUGUGCGUGUGUGUGUACCUGUUCAUUGCUGCAUAUGUGUCUGCUUUUCCUCUGCGCUCUUUCAUUAGGACUCCAUCAGCUGUCCUACACUGUAAUGCUCUGACAGACUGUUUCUACACCCAGCCUCAAGAUGAAUGUGAAUAGCUUAUUAAACAAAUGGACUCAGAUCCACAGGAUGUGUGAAGUGGAUGUGUCGUCUGAACCGAGCAGUCCAACGCUGUACAGCGAGUCAUCAGAUGCAUAUUACCACGUGGACCGCUGGCAGAAGCUGCGCACAGCCGUGAGGAAACUCGAGUUCUGGGAGAACUUCAGCCAUGAACUUAUUGGGAGCGGCUUCUUCUCCAAAGUCUAUAAGGUGAUGCACAACAACACGCGCAAGGUGAUGGUGGUGAAGAUUUAUAAAAAUGACGUGGACCAGGACAGCAUUGUCCGAGAAAUCAGCCUCUUACAGAAACUUUCUCACCCCAACAUAGUCAGGUAUCUUGGUAUCUGUGUGAAAGAAGACAAGCUGUAUCCCAUUCUAGAGUAUGUUAGCGGAGGCUGUCUGGAGGAACUGCUAGCUCGGAAAGAUGUUCCUUUGUGCUGGAGGGAGAAAGUGGACCUGUCCUCAGACAUCACCAGAGGAAUGAUCUACCUCCACUACAAGAACAUCUACCACAGAGAUCUCAAUUCCAAGAACUGUUUGAUAAGGGUGACUGCCCGAGGCAGGGAGGCUUUGGUCACAGACUUUGGUUUGGCCAGGGAAGUAGUCGAACUUCCUGCCAAAGACAGGAAGCUGUCUCUGGUUGGUUCAGCAUUCUGGAUGGCACCAGAGAUGCUGCGUGGGGAACCUUACGACCGCAAGGUCGAUGUGUUCUCCUUUGGGAUAGUAUUGUGCGAAAUCCUGGCCAGAGUCCCAGCAGAUCCAGAAAUACUUCCAAGAACUCAGGACUACGGCUUGGAUGCUUCUGCAUUCAAGAAGAUGGCUCCUGGAUGUCCACAGCGUGUACUCGACCUGGCAUCUAACUGCUGUUUGAUAGAGGCAUUCCGGAGGCCAUCAUUCACCGAGGUGCUGGAUGAGCUAGCUGAGAUCGCAGAGACGCUGGAGCCGCCUACACACACAGAGCUGACUACUGGCUGAGCUUGAUCGUACACCAGUCCUAGAGAGAAUACUGCAUGCUUCUGUACAUACACCCGAGCAGCCAAGCAAAAUCUCUCACAGAAUUCAGCCGGACAGACGGGAAAAACAAGGGCAGUGGUAACUCAGUGGUUAAGACGUUGGGCUACUGAUCGGAAAGUCGUGAGUUUAAAUUUCCAGCACUGCCAAGCUGCCACUGCUGGGCCCUUGAGCAAGGCCCUUAAGCCUCAACUGCUCCGUUGUAUAAUGAGAUAAAUGUAAGUCUCUCUGGAUAAGGGCGUCUGCCAAAUGUCGUAAAUGUAAAUGUAAAUGAGAAGACAGAGCUGUGAGCCGGACUGGCAUUAUCAAUGAAACAAAGACGCACAAUAUUCUCAGUGUUCUACUGCUGACCUAAGAUCAGUUCAAUACAGUUAUGCAGAAAUAUCAGAGCUGCUGCUAAAUGGACUUCUAUAAUCUAUAAUCAUCACCACAUUCAGAUUAUAAUUCUAAUUGGAUCUUUGCUUAAGUUUGUAACAGUUUUCGAGCCUUAACCAGUCACACUUUUGGGACCUGCUGUGUUGCACAGGCUUAUACCUCUUAUUUUGAUAUAAUCCAGACCUGGAGGAUUGCAAAGAGAAAAGAUGAUGAGGAGGAGGAGGAGAAUCUAUUUGAUAUUUUUUGUAAAUGUUUUGUACAUCAAAAGUCAUAUAUAUACAUUAAGUAUUUUGGUACACAAUCCUCCAUAUUGUAUUUGUAUCUUGUUUCUUGCUUUCUAUUAUAGUGUGCUUGCUGAGUUGUGUAAAAUAGUUCUUAUGUAAUAAGGGGAGUUGUACAAACAUAACUUCCUACCUAGUGAUGUGUGGUUUUAGUUCAGGAAACCUUCUGCUUCCUCAUGGGAGGACCAUUUACACACACACUUUCAUUCUCAGCAGUGUUUAUGUUUUCUAACCCAGGAGGUCAAUCCGUGUUUGGUAAAAGACUCAAGACUCAAUAGGAUUAAAAACUGUGCUAGAAUUUUCUGUCUUGUUGUUUGUGUAGCACCUUAUUGAUCAUUUCAGCUCCCUGUUAUAUUCUUUAAUGUAUUAAGUAUA